CUGUCGUUUCAAUUUUAGCGGGGUUUAGGGUUUUACCGUGUUGUAAUUUUUAACAUUAUUUCCUAUUUGUGAGCGAGUAAAUAAUUAAAAAAAUAAUCAUGGGAGGAAAGUGGUCAAGUAUGGAUCCUUCUCAAGUUGAAGUACCAGAAUUAAAGGCUUUAUUAGAAAGAGAUCCAUAUUUACAACCAUAUGAAACUGACAUUCGCAAAAGAUAUGCAUUGUUCAAAGAUUAUGUGGAUAAAAUAGAAACUGGUUCUGGUAAUUUAGAUAAGUUUUCAAGGGGAUACGAAACUUUUGGAAUACAUAUUAAAGAAGACAAUAGUGUUGUUGCAAGUGAAUGGGCACCUGGAGCACAGGAAUUAUUUUUAAUGGGAGAAUUUAAUAAUUGGAAUAAAACACUUAAUUCGUACAAAAAAUUGGAGUAUGGCAAGUGGGAAUUGCAUUUAGCUCCUCUUCCUGAUGGUAGUUGUCCUAUAAAGCACCUUUCAGAAGUUAAAUUAAUUGUCAAGAAUCAUAAUAAUGAAUUGUUAGAAAGAUUAAGCCCUUGGGCUACAUAUGUUACACAAAAUCGGGCUGAGUCUGCUACGUAUAAACAACGUGUAUGGUGUCCAUCGGCUGAAAAUGUUUAUAAGUUUAGGUACCCUAAGCCAAAGAAACCAGAAAGUCUUAGAAUUUAUGAAUGUCACGUCGGUAUUGCGACCCAAGAAUUAAAAGUUGGCACAUAUUUGGAAUUUGCUAAAAAUCUAAUUCCGCGUAUUGUAAGACAAGGUUACAAUACUAUACAAUUAAUGGCUAUUAUGGAACAUGCUUAUUAUGCCAGCUUUGGAUAUCAGGUAACUUCCUUCUAUGCUGUUUCAUCUCGCUAUGGCACACCAGAAGAAUUAAAGGAGUUAAUAGAUACAGCGCAUAAACAUGGUCUAUAUGUUUUAUUGGAUGUAGUACAUUCGCAUGCUUCGAAGAAUACUUUGGACGGGUUAAAUAUGUUUGACGGUACUGAUAGCUGUUUCUUUCAUUCUGGUAAUCGCGGUCAACAUCCGCUUUGGGAUAGUAGACUCUUCAAUUAUGGAGAAUACGAAGUAUUACGAUUUCUACUUUCCAAUUUACGGUGGUAUAUUGAGGAGUAUGGUUUCGAUGGAUAUAGGUUUGAUGGCGUAACAUCAAUAUUGUACCACUCAAGAGGAGCUGGACAAGGUUUCAGUGGUCAUUAUGAUGAAUAUUAUGGUCUUAACGUUGACGUUCAAGGCGUCGUAUACUUAAUGCUCGCGAAUCAUAUGUUACAUUAUCUAUAUCCAGAAGUUACAACAAUAGCGGAAGAUGUUAGUGGAAUGCCCGGAAUUUGCAGGCCCGUCGCCGAAGGUGGCGUAGGAUUUGAUUAUCGAUUAGCUAUGGCUAUUCCUGAUAAAUGGAUCAAACUUUUAAAAGAAGUAAAAGAUGAAGACUGGAAAGUUGGAGAUAUUUGUUGGGCAUUAAGUAAUCGCAGGUGGAUGGAGAAAACGGUAGCUUAUUCAGAAUCUCAUGAUCAAGCCCUUGUAGGCGAUAAAACAAUUGCGUUUUGGCUUAUGGAUAAGGAAAUGUAUACGCACAUGAGUAUCCUAAGUCCGCCCAGUGCAAUUAUCGACCGUGGAAUUGCUCUCCACAAUCUUAUUACAUUAAUCACGCAUGCUCUAGGAGGAGAAGCUUACUUAAAUUUUAUAGGUAAUGAAUUUGGCCAUCCCGAAUGGUUGGAUUUUCCUCGAGCUGGUAAUGGAGAUAGUUACCAUUAUGCUAGGCGCCAAUGGAACUUAGUAGACGACGAAAUGUUAAAAUAUAAAUUCAUGAACAAUUGGGAUCGUGCUGUAAAUAAUCUCGAAGAAAAAUAUGGAUGGUUGCACGCUAACCCUGCAUACGUGAGUUGGAAACACGAAGACGACAAAGUAGUUGUCUUCGAUCGGGCAGAACUUACAUUUGUCUUUAAUUUUCAUUCGGUAAAGUCGUUUCCUGAUUAUGCUAUUGCAGUAAAAACUCCAGGGACGUAUAAGGCUAUUUUAUGUAGCGAUGAUAAGGAGUUUGGUGGUGAAAGUCGUGUCGAUAAUAACGUGAAACACUUUACUAAGCCAGAACCGUUUUCGGACUAUUCAAACAGAAUGAUGAUUUACAUUCCUUGUCGUACCGCUAUUGUCUACGUCCGAGAAACGUGAGUAAUUGUUAUGGUCAUAAUCAAACAAGGACUGAUAUUAAGUUACUAUGUGUAAAUAAAAAAAAACUAUUUUUAUACCAAAGAAAUAAUUCUUAAUACUAUGUGUUCACUAAAUAAUACUCUUAUUACAAAUUAUG